UUUUUGAACAAUGUUCCAGGUAAUCAAAAAAGGAAACAUCCCUUAGAAACUUUGCAGGAAAUAGCAAAAUCGAAUGAUAUUCUUGCCGAGAUUAACAACAAGAAAAAUUUUUUUAAUAAUCUAUUCAAAUCGUCUACUACUAAAAAAGACAUUUUUGUCUUGAUUGUUGAAAUAUUGGCAAAAACUUCCGAAUCAUCCUUCAAUGAUUUGAAACUAAAAAUGAUUCUACACGUAGCUAAUUCUUUAUAUAUAACACAACUGCGAACCUAUUUAAUGGAUCUUCCAUAUUAUGACAACAAAUCUAAGGACGGAAACCGUUUAUAUUGGAAGAAUCCAACCAAUUUUUGGAAAAAUAUAUUAAAAUUUUUGGAAUGCUUGAUAAAUUUAUCUCCGUCGACUUUUGUAAAGCUGUAUCGAUCACUACUAUGUAAUACAAUAAGACUAUGCUUGGAGGAAUUAGAAAAAAAUCAAGGAUAUAGUUUGCCAGCAGAACAUAUGAUUAAAUUUACAGAACUACAGAAUAAAUUAAUGGAAUGGGAGACAAAAAAUCUGAACCAAGCGAAUGAUAAUACCAAUGAAGAAAAAGAACCGCCGGACGACUUUCGGCUAGUUCCAAUAAUACCAAAUCGUUAUCAUUUGAUGCGACCGCCAUUUUUACGUCCGAAUAUUGUUGACGGAGCGUACAAAGACGUCGAUCAUUACCUAGAUAUACAAUUUCGUUUGAUGCUGGAAGACUGCUAUGGACCGCUCCGUAAAGGAAUAAUACAAUACUUGGAAAAUCCUAACAAACGGAAAUAUGACAAUAUACGGGUAUACAAUAAUGUUAAGUUAUUGUCACCCUACGUAUCUGCCAACAAAAUUGGCUUAUUGGUACAAGUAGAUAAAUCCUCCAAUAGGAGGUUUUUCAAAAUCAAUUGGAAAAGCAGCAAACGCAUGUUAUUUGGUUCCCUUUUGUUAUUUUCAAAAGAUGAUUUCAAGCAAUUCGCCGUCGCCACAAUUAUAGACCGGGAUGUUGCUUGCUUAAGUAGAGGCCAGUUACCGAUAGCUAUGGUCAAUCAACAAAUCCAGCUAAACCCUGGAGAUUCAUACACUAUGAUUGAAAGUGAAGUAUACUUUGAGCCUUACUACCAUGUGUUGAAUGUACUUCAGAGCCCCACUUUUGCGCAACAUCUGGCUAUGCAGAAGUAUAUUGUUAAAGCAGAACCUUCAACGUCGCCACCAGAAUAUGUGAAGAAUACAACACAAUAUAAUAUAAUUAUUACAAAAACGGAUGAUGGUAACCACGAUUUAAUGUCUUUGGAUGAUAACACUGACAGAUGUUUAGAUAAAAAGUUCAUUGUUUUAAAUAAAGAUACAUGGCCAAACGCACAAGAAUUAGGCUUCAAUAAUAGUCAAUAUGAAGCGUUUCAACUGGCUUUAACUAACGAAAUUGCGGUCAUUCAGGGUCCCCCCGGGACGGGUAAAACUUACCUAGGGGUGAAAAUAGCAGAAACUCUACUGAAAAAUAGUAAUAAACAGAUACUUGUGAUUUGUUAUACAAACCACGCUCUGGACCAAUUUCUUGAGCAUAUGUUGAAAUUUACACAGUCAAUAGUUCGAAUCGGCGGUCAGUCCCGAAACGAAGCUCUGGCUCAAUAUAACAUAAACAAGUUACGAACCAAACGUACUGAAUAUUCUAAAUCUGAAACAGUAUAUUAUGAUCAAAAACGAAUUUUUCAACGCAUUGUAUCGAGAUUGAAAAAAAUACAUGAUAAUAUCCAAAAUUUGAAUUAUAGCAUUCUCACAUACGAUAAUAUUAAAGUAUUAGAACCAGAGAGUAAAAUUCUUGAAAGACAUUACGGAAGCGAUCCAUUACAGUCAUGGUUGUUUGAGCACAUGACUUAUGUUGAAGCCACUGAAGAGAUACAUGAAAAUGUUGAAAUUAGUAAUAAUGUUGACGAAGAUGUAUAUCAAAGAGUGGAAUUAAACUUAGACGAUGAUAAUUUUCUUGAUGAUAAUGCUAAACAAAUAGAAGAUUUAAGUUUUACUUCGUCAUUUUCUUUAACGAAAGCACAGAAGUAUUUAAAUUAUUUGAAAUCUCAGAAAAAAUUAGAAGGAAAAUCACAAAAUUAUUAUGAGCAACUUGACGCAGAUAUUAUAAAUACAUAUUCUUCUAUAGCAUUAUUUAAUGAUAUGAAAAGAAAAUUCCAAGCUGGGGAAAAUGCACGCAAACUCAAUGAAAGAAACGUAAAGAGUAUGCCGGCCAUUGAUCGAUGGAAUACAUAUUUUACAUGGAUAGAGAACAUUACUCUACAGUUAAAAGAACAAGCUUCGACAUUACAAAACGAAUACGAAGAAGAACGAAAUGCUUACGAGGAUGCAAGAAUGUAUUUCGAUCUCUUACACAUGAGACGUGCAAAGGUUAUCGGCAUUACAACUACCGGAGCUGCCCGAUUACACAAAAUGCUACAGAAUCUUCAAUCUUCCAUUGUGAUAGUAGAAGAGGCGGCAGAAGUUUUGGAACAGCACAUUGUUGCAGCGCUCAGUGGUGGUUGCCAGCAUCUUAUACUAAUCGGUGACCACCAGCAGUUGCGACCUUCGGCAUCAUACAUAAAACUUGCCAAACACUAUGGUUUGGAAGUGUCUCUUUUCGAAAGAAUGAUUAAAAACCAAAUUCCCAACCGGCGACUAGAUGUUCAACAUCGCAUGAGACCAGAGAUCGCUUCUCUUAUCGUUCCACACAUAUACCCAGAUCUCAAGAAUCAUUCUUCUGUCAUGGAAUUUCUUCCUGUGCGUGGAAUGACCAACAGUUUAUUUUUUUUUACUCACGAUUAUAAAGAAGAGGAAAUUGAUGAUAGUAACAGUCGUACGAACCACAAAGAAGCAGACUUGGCACUCGGUCUUGCGAACUAUCUUAUGCAACAAGACUACAAUCCUGAGGACAUCACAAUACUGGCCGCGUAUUCUGGUCAAAUGUUUUACAUGAGGAAACAACGUGAAUUGUAUCAUUUUCUAUCACGUGUAAAAAUCACUGUUGUUGAUAAUUAUCAAGGAGAGGAGGCCAAAAUAAUUAUUCUGUCGUUAGUGAGAAACAAUAUUGACAACAAAGUUGGAUUUUUGUCCAUUGAAAAUAGAGUUUGUGUGGCUUUAUCGAGAGCCAGAGAAGGAAUGUAUAUUUUUGGAAACAUUGAUAUAUUGAGAAAUAAUAGCGAUCUGUGGUGUAAAAUCGGGACUACCUUAGAAAAUAAUGGAUCGCUGGGACCUGACUUGAAACUACAAUGUGAAAGUCAUAGGACCAUAACUACCAUAUUAAAGCUUGAAUUUUAUGCAUUUAUUUUUCCUCUAGUUUGCCAUGGAUAUGAUCGGUCUCACUUGAACUCGGUCUGUAACAAGAUGUGUGAAAGGACAAUUUGUGAGCUGGAACACGCGUGCCCACUUCCAUGUAAAGAAAAAUGUCAAAAAUGUAAUAUGCCUGUUAAGAAACGUCUACCCUGUGGCCAUGACAUGAUCAUACCCUGCUGGCAGGAGCCUAAUGAAAGCGUUAAAUGCAAAACUUUAAUACCAGUCACACUUCCUCACUGUGGACAUGAGGUAGAGAAAUAUUGUUAUAAAAAUAUAGACGAACUAGAGUGUCCAAUAAAGUGUACGUACCGUGUAGAAAGCUGCGGACAUGUAUGUACUCGUUUUUGCCAUGUGAAAGACGAUCCAAAUCAUGAGAAGUAUGUUUGUAAGAAACCAUGUGCCAGAGCAAAGGCGGGAUGCUCUGCAUCGCUGGUAGGAAACCGUGGAAACCAUCAGUGUUUGAAACAAUGCCACGAAACCUGCGACAACUGUGACGUAGAGGUAAAAAAGAAGAGGUCCAGUUGUACGCAUUCUGAGAAAGUCGCUUGCUGUGUGAAUGUCGAUGAUACUCCAUGCCGCAAGAAGUGUGCACGCACACUAGCGUGCGGUCACCAUUGCAAGAAGCUGUGUUUCGAGGAAUGUGGAAAUUGUAAUGUUAAGGUCACCAAGGUUAUCCCGGAAUGUGGUCAUGAAAUAAAAAUUGAAUGUCAAAAAAAUGCUACGCGUAUGGAUUGCUCAGAAAAGUGUACUCGGAUAUUGCCUUGCGGUCAUAUUUGUCCCAGUCGGUGCAACAUGCAGUGUGAUCCAGCAAAAUGUACUGCCCUUGUAUCAUACAAGUACAGAGCGCCCUGUGGGCAUUUAUGUGAACUUCCCUGCAACGUAAUCUCAACAUUUAUCAAAAACGGUGCUAGCGACACCGAGAUGCUAUUGAAAUAUUGCACAGCUCCGUGCAACCAGACCCUAGAGUGUGACCACAUCUGCAGCGGCACUUGCUCAGAGUGUUAUCAGGGCCGCAUACACAAGCCUUGCCAGGAUACUUGCCAUCGCCAGAACAUAUGCGGACACACAUGCGAAAACCCAUGUAACAAAUUGUGUCCGCCAUGUAAAAUGAAAUGUGAAAUAAGGUGUCCCCAUUCGCAGUGCGGCAAACCCUGUGGUGCACCAUGCACUCCUUGUCAGGAAAAAUGCGAGCGCUCGUGUCCGCACAGCGCUUGCCGCAACCGCUGCGGCGAGAAGUGCAGCCGCGCUCCCUGUAAUGAGAAGUGCUCACGGCAGCUCGCUUGCGGCCACCCCUGCCGCGGGCUGUGCGGAGAGCGCUGCCCGGACAUCUGCGCCCACUGCCGCCCGGACACCUUCCCCAGGGACUUCCUCGGCGACGAGUUCGACGAAGAUGCCAAAUUCGUGCAGCUUGAGGACUGCCCUCAUGUCCUCGAAGUGGACGACAUGGAUAACCUUAUGAUGGGAGACAGUGAGAGCAUCGCCAUACGUACUUGCCCCUUCUGUCGCAAACCUAUAAUUAAUACACAGAGAUAUAAAGAUCUUAUCAGUCAUUUGUUUGUUACUGAUAUAAAUCCCAUUAAGAAACGAGUGUUCGGCGAUUACGCAGAUAUUGACCAAAAACGAAAGGAAAUUUCAGAAGUAAUCAUUGUGUUGAAUAUAAAAUACGAACAAUUAAUAAUGAAAAACAUAUAUUACCAAAGGGCAUUUGAAAAGGGAAAAUUGAUUUCAAAAGCCAUGUCGCUAUUAGAUCUCAAUAUGAAAUCUAUAUACUUUGAAAUACUAGAUAUAAUGGGCGAAUACUAUAUGGGAUACAAAAAUAAAAAUAUUACUACAUUUGAGAAGGAAGUCCAGAAUCAAAUGGAAUUUUUAUGUCACGUCAUUAGCAACAAUGUUCUUAAAAUAAGUCGCCAACAACAAGAUGACAUCAGAAAUGAAUUAAAGCGCUUGAAUUCAAUUGUUCAACUCGCUCAAAUCAUGCAUCAUCCUAAUUAUUUGACAAUCAAAAACAACUCUAGUGUAAUUCAGGCUACUACGGUUGCAAAGAAGACUAUAAUAACUAAGUGCAUAUUUAACAAUGACGCUGCAAAAAAAUCUAUUGAAAAUCUAAAGCAAGUAUUAAAGUCGGAUAUAAUUACAAUAGAAGAACGAAACAUGGUAGUAAAAGCCAUGAAUAUGAAAGCGGGCCAUUGGUACAAAUGUCCAAAUGGUCACUACUACUGCAUUGGUGAGUGUGGUGGUGCCAUGCAGAUAGGGAAGUGCAACGAAUGCGGAGCGCAGAUUGGUGGUCAGUCUCAUAAACUGUUGUCAAGCAACAAGCAUGCCGGAGAAUUGGACGGCUCUAAAUUCGCUGCCUGGUCGGACCAAUACAAUAACAUGGGAAAUUUUCUUUUCGAUUAGCUUAUUUUUUAUAUAUCUACGUAAAUAUGUAGUGUUCAUACCAAGAUAAAUUAUUAGGUUAGUCUGAAUUUUGAAGUGAGAAACAAUAAUGAAUUUGCCACCCCUAAAACCUGCCGCCUGAAGUUUCAGCCUACUAACCUGUUUGUAAAAGCACCAUUGUGCAGAGUUACGCAUCAUUAUAUUUUUAAUUACCUACUUAUAUUUAGUAAAUUUACAUUAGGCAUUUGUAUUCUCAUCAUAUGUGUGUGCUAUUUUAAAAGUUAACUUUUUGGUCAGGGCUCUAAAAUAAAACAGUUUUAAAUUAUAAGCAUUA